CUCAGCCUCGGAGAGCAGCAGCGAGACCUGUUCGGUGGAGAGCAAAAAAGUCAGCAGGGACUUUGGCAGAGGGAAGGGCGCGAAGCCCCUGGAGCUGGCCAAGGCGGUGUACUCCGGCCGUGCCCCCCUGCAGCACGGCCCCCCCAUAGCCCGGCGCAGCACCCCCAAGAGGCAGAUGCGGCCGGAUUCCCUGGUGAUUUACCGCCAGAAGUGCGAGUUUGGGAGAGGUCAAAGCCAGGACAGCUCACGGGGGAGCUUGGUGAGGAGGAUCUUCCAGGGGUCCAUAAAGGAGAAGCAGUUGGCUUCCCCUGAGAUGCCCCGAGUCGUGGAGUGCGCCGCAGCCGCCGAGAGCAAAGAGCCUCUCUCGGCGCAGCAUGGCGACCGGGAGCCGAGCGGCCGUGCAGCGGAGCAGACGGUCGCUGCGAGCGCCGAAGCCCCAGGGGUAUGUACAGAAGAGCACGAGAGACCCUCAAACCCGAGUGUACCUCCUGAGGAGGCCAAGGAGGUGAAGAGGAGAGGUGUCCAUCGCUCCCAGUCGGACAUCAGCUCUCGCUACUCCAAGUCCUUCUCCGAGUUUGAUACAUUUUUCAAGUACUGUGGCCUGGAGCAGGAGGUCAUCGAGGAUCUUGGGAGAGAGAACUUCUCCGUGGUGUCCGACAACGUCUCCUUCAAGAUCCGCAGCAUCAGCGUGGCAACCUCUGAGAGUGACUUCACUAGGCACAGCGGGGACGAGGGGCUGCUGGAGGAUGAACUCACAGAGCAGGUCCCGAGCAGCACCUCCGUGAUCGAGCGCAACGCUCGCAUAAUCAAAUGGCUGUACACGUGUAAGAAAGCCAAGGAGACUAACAAGGUGAUCCAGGAACUCGCAUGA